GACAAAGAAAUUACAAGACAAGUUACAAAAAAAAACAAAACCAAAAAUGGAGAUGAUCUGCAAAUUAUUCGCCGUAGUAUUCCUCUCCGUCGUCCUCUACUCCAUCCAGGCGAAAGCACAAGGAGGAGACGGUGAAGUGAUGAGUUGCCUGCAAAAACUGACGCCGUGUCAGCCGUACAUACACACGUUGAAUCCGCCGCCACCGCCGUCGUGUUGCGGGCCAGUGAAAGAGAUUGUAGAAAAAGAGGCGCCGUCAAAGAAGAAGAUAAAAACGAAAAACACGACGUGUUUAUGCACCCUUUUAGACAAUCCGGCGAUACUACAACAACGCAACAUCACCAAAGAUAACGUUCUUGAUCUCUCUAAAGCCUGUAGCGUUAAUCCUGACGUCUCAAAAUGCACCAUAAUCGCUUCAUCUUCUCCCCUUCGCACUGCGUCGCCGGGAUCAGCCAGCGCAGGAGGCUCUUCCGUUCAAGCUGUUAGUUUCAUCGGACUUGUCUUUGCGUCUGCUUUUGCAUCUCUA